GACAAAUCCAGUCCAAUUUAAAAUCUUAAAAUACAAUGUCUUAAAAACUCUUCUUCUCUGCUUCCUCACCAUGCUGAGCAACACCCCUAAGAAACCCGACAAACAGGAGAUCUGUCACAAUGUCAAGGCUGUGGUGCGAUGUCGUCCCCUCAGCAAGAAGGAGGAGAAGAUGGGCCACCAACACGUAGUCAUCGUGGACGAGAUCUGUGGGAUGGUAACGGUCAAAAAGCCUGAGAGCCCUAAGGAGCCUCCCAAGAACUUCAACUUUGACAUGGUGUUUGGACCAGACAGCAAACAGGUGGAUGUCUACAAUCUCACAGCCCGCCCCAUCAUUGAGUCAGUAUUGGAGGGUUACAACGGCACCAUUUUUGCUUACGGGCAAACUGGCACAGGAAAAACAUUCACAAUGGAGGGUAUGAGAGCGUUGCCAGAACUCAGAGGGAUUAUCCCAAACUCCUUUGCUCAUAUUUUUGGUCACAUUGCCAAGGCAGAUGGAGAUACGAGGUUUUUGGUUCGUGUUUCAUACCUGGAGAUUUACAACGAGGAAGUCAGGGACCUGUUGGGCAAGGAUCACACAAAGAGGUUAGAGGUGAGAGAACAGCCAGGGGUCGGCGUGUACAUCAAAGACCUGUCGAGUCACGUCGUGAAAAAUGCUGACAAAAUGGACAGGAUUAUGACACGGGGAAACAAAAACCGGUCUAUUGGAGCCACAAACAUGAAUGAACACAGCUCACGUUCGCACGCCAUCUUCACGAUCACUAUUGAGUGCAGUGAAAAGGGUGUCGAUAAGCUGGUGCGAAUGGGAAAACUUCAUCUGGUCGACCUGGCAGGUUCAGAAAGACAGAGCAAGGCCGGAGCUGCAGGUCACCGUUUAAAGGAGGCCACAAUGAUCAACCUCUCUCUCUCCACACUGGGUAAUGUAAUCUCUGCCCUGGUGGAUGGCAAGAGCACACAUGUCCCUUACAGGAACUCUAAAUUAACCCGACUUCUGCAGGAUUCACUUGGAGGAAACUCAAAGACCUUGAUGUUUGCAAACAUAGGCCCUUCAGACUAUAAUUUUGAUGAGACCAUCAGUACCCUGCGCUACGCCAGUAGGGCUAAAAACAUCAAGAACAAAGCCCGAAUCAAUGAGGAUCCUAAGGACGCCCUGCUACACCAGCUACAAAAGGAAAUUGAGGAGCUUAAGAACAAACUAGAGGGAGGUGAAGACAUCUCUGGUUCAGAGGGCAGUGGUUUGGAAGAGAUGGGUGAAGGUGAAAACGAAGGACGGGAGGCAGGAGAAGGACGCAGGAGAAGAAGCAACAGGAAGAAGGUUUCUCCGGAGAAGAGGGCAGAGAUGCAAGCAAAGCUUGAACAGGAGAGUAAGGCUUUAGGCAUGGAGGAGGAGGAGAGGAAUAAGGCAAGAGCAGAGCUGGAGAAAGAGGAGAAGCAUCUGCUUAAAGCCCAGAAACUGCAUGACCUUCUGCAGGAGAGACUAUCAUUCCUAGAAGAGAUGGUGAUUGUUGGCGGGGUAGACCUCUUAGCCAAAGCUGAGGAGCAGCAGAAGCUCUUGCAGGAGUCCUACAACGAACUUGAACAUCGUCGCAGAAGAGAAGAGCAGCUGCGGAGGGAGCUGCAGGAGAAAGAACAGGAAUGCACGGACUUGGACGAAAAGUACACAAGUCUUCAGGAAGAGGCUAAGGGAAAACACAAGAAAUUGAGGCAAGUAUGGACUAUGCUGCAGGACGCCAAAUUCCAACAGGCAGAUCUAUCAGAGGAGCAUGACAGGGAGAUGGAAGAUCUCCAGGAGAACAUCCACCAGCUGAACAGAGAACUCCAAUACCAGAUGGUCAUUAUAGACAAUGUUAUUCCCAAGGACUUCCAGGAGAUGAUCGAGAAUAAAGCACACUGGAAUGACGAAAUUGGAGAAUGGCAACUGAAAUGUGUCGCGUUUACUGGAAACAAUAUGAUAAAACAGACCCGUGCUCCUGACAUCAAAGGUCUGUUUGAGGUGGAUCUGACUCACGUGUACUCGUCCUACAUAGACUGGAGCGCACAGCAGUCACUGAUGAACCUGGAAGAUAGUGGUCGACCUAAGACUGGACAGGACAAAUUAUCGGCAAAGUCAGACACUGUGAUCAAAUCCCUUCUGCAGUAAAGGGGUAGAGGGGCAAUCAUGUCAAAUAAGAAAGGUAAUGUUCUGCAGUACUUGUUAGCAACUGUGUUGUGUUUUGUUUCUUCUUUUUUAUUGGGUAUAUUUGUCACCAGUACACAACGUCUCAUUACUGUAGAGAGCAAACACACAGGGGAUCUAAACGAGAUAACAAUUCCCAUGAUCCAAAGCCGCCUCCUGAUUUUAAAUUAGGUCUUUUGGUAUUUUUCUUACUGAGAGACCUCCAGCAGCAGAAAUUUUAAUCCAAGUGUUUUCAACUAGCCCGUUUCAGUAGAAGAAAGUUAGGUAAAGUUGCAGAGUGACUUUUAUCAAAUACCAAAUCAGAACACAAUGCUAACACUGAUGAAGUGAUGAAGUAAGUGAGAAGUGGGCUCAAGAGAAUAAGUUUCACAUGCUUCCACAUUGGCAUUACUUUCCAGAUCACAAGACCACAUUCAUUUUCAUAUAAAAUGCUUAGACAUUGUGAGAUUUCACUAUAUAAAUAUCCCCCCCAACCAUUCCACACAGGUCCUGACUCAAGCAUAUUUAUUAUAAGGGCAUUUGGUUCGAAAACUCGACCGACUGCAUUCCUGAGAGAAUACAGGGAGUUGUUUCCCUCAAUUAGAUCAAGGAUUGUUCGUGAAUUAAAUGGAAAAAAGGUUAAUUUUGAUUCAUGCUAUCGGCAGUGGAAUGAGAGAAUUUGUUGGGUCCCACAGUGCUUUUCAUUACAGAAUGAAUUGAUCAGCAGAUGGCUUCAGCUCCUGCUCUGAAUGCGGAGGACUUAUCCAAACCCCAUAUUCUCCCAGCUAGAUGUUAUUAAAAAAAAAAAUCCUUUCACAACCAAUACAUGGCACGAAAUCAACCCUUUCACUCGCACUGUUUAAUAUCUUAAUUGUGUGAUGAUGCCACUUGAUUCAGAAGUGUGAUUUUCUACAGAUGAGGGGAUAAUUACACGGUAAACAAAUCAUACUGUACUCUAUAUUAGCCCUCUUGGAACAGUACAAAUCAAUAAUUAUGUUUCAUAAAAGUCUUUUUUUUUUAGUCAUUGGCUGAAGUAAUCACUCUUUCAUCUCACAUGACUGACCUUCCACCAUAAUAAUAAUGUUCACAGAAUAGGCAGAGCCAGAAUCAGGUUUGCACUUUAGCUGCAACCUUGGAUGUUUUUUUCCAGAUGGUGUGGUUCCAUGGAUAAAAGACUCUAGCCCCUUUUCCACUAUGGUCCCAGCUCGCCCACUCGCGAUCAGCAGUGCUGUCGCUAAGACUCCUCUGUUGAAUAUUGAGAUUUUAGACAUUUCCCUGGUAAUACUAAAAAAAGUACCUGGUACCAGGUACUAUGCUAGUGGAAAUGCAACUUAACCGCGCCGUGCUGUGCCGUGCCGUGGCUAGUCAAGCCGGGGGAAACAUGCCUUAAGGAUAUACAAUAAAAUCAGGGGUGAUAAAUUAUAAACUUUUUUGUUCCGAAAACAUUUGUAUCAUCCGCUCAGAAGUGGGCAAGAUAUAUACCGUGUAAGAUAAUAUUGUGAUUGUUGUUUUAAAGAUAUGCACAUAAUUGACAUUAUUAAGUAUUUAAAUGACUGUGUAACGAAGUAUUUGAAAUUAUUUCAUGAGUUACAAUUUACCUUCCUGCAUCUGGAUGUUUUACCCACACUUCAAUGUUUCGUCACUACAGUUCAGUUAUAAAUCUUUGGAUUUUUACUUGAAUGUUAAAGUUUAAUCUGUAAGCAAAAACAAAUGACUUAAACCAGUGGUUCUCAAUCUUUUUUUAUA